GCAAACAAAACAUGGCGAAUUUUCUGGAGCCGGACAUCUCCACGAGGCUGUUGCGUGUCACGACGGCCUUCAACGACGUCCUCUACUCGUGCGCAAACGAACCGUCGCUCGGGAUGUACCGCAUCCAGGAGCACGUCGCAGUGACGGUCCCGAAGCUGGUAGAGCAGCGACGGCAGUUGAAAGAGACUUGCCAACGGGUCGAAGACGCUUGCUACGACCUGGAAUACGACGCCAAGACGCUCACAGACAUGGCAAAAAUCACGCAGUUCAGCGGCGUCAAACAAAACUUGCUUCGGGCCAUUGAACUGCAUAAGAAGCUGGACGAACUUGAAAUACGGAAAAGAACUUCUUACUCUCCAAUACCUGCAGCAUCUCUCCCAGUUACAAAACCUCAGCCUGCCCCACCCUCCCUCCCUCCCCACACUCUCACACAGACCACACCCACCAAUCAAACCCCGGGCACUAAAGAUGAUGUGAGUGAUUCAGACACCAGUACAGACAUCACAGGAGAUCUGACUGCAGACAGUCAGAAUCUGGUUCCAGACAUGGGAAUCAGACCAAAGACAUUCAAUUGACAGUCAUAUUUUUAACAGUCGAUUAUACACACAUGAACUGGAAAAUAUUCAAUGAUUUGUUGGUGCAAAAUAAUUAUGAUCAAAGGCCUCGCGUCACAUCCUCAUGCCAGAUACCAGGACGUCAGUAGAAUGGAUGUAGGACUACAAAAACAAUAGCUUCACAAGGGUCACUAAGAAAUGGUGGCCAGAGAGAGAGAGAUGGGAGGGAGAGGUGGUCAUAAGGAGGAAGAGAGGGAAGGGAGAGGAGCGCUCAGACUGCGAGAGUUGGUGGGUUUGGGUCUCCAGUCUUGCUGGAACUGAUAGCUCCACAUCAUAAGGGACCCAGAAACCUCGUCUGGGAACUCCAGACUGCAGAAUACCUUGAUUGGGGGGACAGAAGAAGUGAAAGCAGCAGGGUGCAAGGAAAAGAGGGUCAGAUCAAGGUGACAAAAAUGUCUUAAUUUUGCACAUUUUGGGAGUUCAUUUUUGAG